CAUUUAUCGUUUUUUUAAUGAAACAAAGUGUAAUUUGGUUGUGUUUUAUUGCUCUAUACUUCUCAAAUGCCGUAAACAUAUUGGAAGAAUAAGCACCCUUGUAACCUGAAUAAUAAAAACACAAGGUUCAUCAUAUCAAACUCAAAGAAAAAGUUGUGAAUGUGAAAGACUCCCAAGAUUUCUACAAAUUUGUGGCUCUGAAUCAGAAGAGACUCUUUGAGAAUUAAUUCAUUUAGAAAUCCUCUGCCUCUGAAAACUUGAGAUUGCACAAUUUCAAAAACAUCCAAUACACAGCAGACUUAGAAAUUGGUUAAUCUGGCAAUGUCUUUAAAGUGGUCUUAGACACAGGCAGUGCCAAUCUGUGGAUUGAUUCAAACAGAUGCUCAGAACCAGGUUGUUUGAAACAUAAACAAUACAAACAUGAAGAGAGUCAUUCGUUUUUGCCAUUGAAUUAAGAAUUGACAGUAGAAUUUGGUAGUGGAGAUCUAAAAGGAAUAGUUAAUUCUGAUACCAUCUAUUUUGGGGACAUCACCUUACCCAGACAAAACUUGGCUGAAAUCACAAGCGAAAAUGGAAUCAUAUUCAAAAGUCUUGAUUUUGAUGGCAUUCUUGGUUUGGCCUAUCCACAAAUGGCUCCCAACAACUUCAACCCUGUCUUUGACAACAUGAUGUAACAACGUGCUCUUGAAAAAAAUCAAUUUGCCUUCUAUUUUGCCAAAGACCCAAAUGAUAUAACACACAGUGAAUUUACUUUGGGAGGAUAUAAUCAAGCUCACGUUGAUGGAGAGAUUAAUUAUCAUAAUGUUAUUGAUAAAUAUUAUUGGAUGAUCAAAGCUGACAGUAUUUUAGUAGGAGGUCAAGACAUCGGAUUAUGUGAUGAUGGGUCUUGCAAAUUGAUUGUCGACACUGGAACAUCCAUCAUGAGUGGACCCAUGGAUGAUGUAGGCACUUUAUUAAGAAAUUUGAACGUCAAAGAUCAUUGUUCAGAAAUCAAAUCACUUCCAACCAUUACUUUCAAGAUAGACGGAAUUGAUUACACCUUAGAACCAGAAGAGUAUGUCAAACCCACCACGAAAGAUAGUUCUGCAUUUGCUGAAAUGAAUAGUUCAGAAGAUUAAUCUAUGGUUGAAGUCAACAGUUGGGAUUGUAUUGCUUCCUUCAUUCCCUUGGAUAUCCAAGAGCCUCAAGGACCUGCUUGGAUCCUCGGAGAUGUCUUCUUGAGAAAAUAUUAUAGCAUCUAUGAUAGAGAUAAUGAUAGAGUAGGCUUUGCCAAAUCUAAAUAAUGA